AUGGAUGGAUAUUUCCUUCAAGACGAAGAUAUAAUUGGUGAUAAUCCUGGAGAGUAUAAAUCUUUUGAUCUCGUAGAUUGGAAAGUUUCACCAACAACAGAUUUUUCACUUGAGUCGCCAGAAUUUAAUUUUACUCCUGAAAAUUUGCUCGAUAGAGUUACGAAGGAAGACAGUACACUAGGAGAUUCAGAUAGUUGGUUUUCUGUCUUGAAUACUAAAGAGUCUUGGUCACAAACGAAAACAAAAUCAUUGGAAGAAGGAUAUUUAAAUGAGCAGGUUGUACCUGAUCAAGGUCAGAGAGGAGAUCAACUAGAUCAGAAUACCAAGAGUGUGCCAAUUGAAGAAAUUCAAAGUAAUUUUGCUGAAACUUCAAAGGAAAGUUUCACUAAGGAAAAUAAUUGUAGCCCGAUUAAAAUUUCACCCAAUAUAAUAAUGGAUAGUGCGUUAGAAGGGGUUAGAACACCAGAAAAUUCAAACAAUUCAAUGUUUAUUGUUGAUCACAAAGAGCAGGUCAAAAGCGAACAAGAACAUUUUGAAAUACCACCUGCAAAUGUCUCAUUCUCUUUUAAUCCUCUUUGUGAGGAGAAAAUUGCCGAGAAAAAUAAUAUCAAGGAAGUAAUAUCAACGGAAUCGGUAAACUUUGCUGACGGGGAAAGCCAGUCUAGCCCCGUUCAGGCUACACUUGUGAGUGAAGACGACAACCAGUCAAAAACACAAAAUAGUGGACACUCCACGAGCGAAUCAGUUCAACCUGCUAAUGUUGAAACAAAUCUUACAAUAAAAUUAGAACAAAAUAUAACUGAACACCAGAAUUGCAAACAAAACUCGAAGGAAAACGAGAUUUUUAAAAUCCGUAAAAAAAUUUUCAAACUACUAACUAUAACUAAAAUUCCAAAAUGUACGAUGGUGGAUUAUAAAUUUGAUAGCAGCAACAAGCUUCCUUCGUUUGCCCAAACGUUUUGCGCUGAUUUGUCGGAGGAGCAAAGCAGGAAAUCAAGAGAUAUCGAACUCCCGGAGGUUCUGCAGAAUGUAAGAGACACGAAGGAUGAAGAGAAUGAAAACGAUGAAGAAAUGUUCAUUGUUUUACCUGAGAGUGAUUCAGAAUGUGAAUCUAGUGACAUUGAACAAGAUGAUCGCCUGGAUCAAAAUAAUGAGUCAGAAACAAUAAGCGAAGAAUCUCUGGACUCAAAAGAAUUACCUAAGAUAAAGUUUAAAUUAGAAGUAAUGGAAGCCGAAUCAGAUACUCCAAACAAGACACAAAAGACGCAAUAUGCCGAUACUCCUUCUAGUAUCUUAGCUAUAGACGAUGAGUUGGAAAAAUAUUUAGUUUCAAGCAUUGUGCUAAAUGAUACAACUCAAAGCGAUGAUUCUCAUUUGCCUGAUUUAUCUAAUAAUAUUGGAUCAAUUCUCAAAUCUGAGGGACUGAGUGAAGAACAUUCUAUGGAAUCAGUUUAUGGCAAUUUAUUUUUAAAACCUGAAUUGCAGGUAGACGGUAUAAGAACUUGUAAACAAGAGCAAAACACAGACUUGAAACUAACUGAAACAUUGAAUAAUUAUCAAGGGAAUUUAUUUAAUGCCGCUUUACUUGGCGGGGAAAGACCAUGGCAGGAACACAUUACCCAGGAAAAUAUACAUACAUUGUAUGGCAAUGUUUGGACGAGAAGUGUUCCUAGUGAAGGUUAUCUCAAUCAAAUUAGUUCAAGACAUUUAACUAACAAUAUGUUUCAUAUGGGCGAUCCAUUUAUGAACAACGCGGAUUUCAAGACAAUGGCUGGUUUACCCGACGAAAUCAUGCAAACAGACAUUGAUCCUUUUAAAUUUACUAACUUGGUUCCGAAAGUAGAAGUUAUGGAUUCCUCUCUAAAUUAUGGUUUCUGA